AUGUGGCUGGACGAUCUGUUCCCUGGAGAGUGGAAGUUUUCCAUGGCCGUUGUCCCUAUCUUUCUGCUUUGUAUUGCUCCUACUGAAGCUUCUUAUGAGUUCCCUGCCUAUCGAAUGUACCAAUACGAGUAUCAAAGCGCGGAUAUCACUGAUCGCGAAGCUUUUGGAUCUACCGGUGCAGUUGUUUCUUUUGAGGGUCGAGCUCCUGAUGCUAAGCAAAUCACCCGCAAAAACGUCGUCAUUAACCUCCUCGACAUCACCUCCGAGCAGUCAUUCAAGUCACUCCUCGACAAGAACCCAGGAUCCGUCCUCAUAAUCCUGCCGGACUUCAUGAGAACGGAAGACUUUCGAAACGUGACCAAGAAGACCCUUGAUCAGCUCGCUGAUGCUGAACAAGCGCUUUUGGACUUUCCAAUUACACAAAUUCCUAUUUACUUUUCAUACGAAACUGCAGAGUUGAAGCAAAUUCAAGACGAGCUCAAGGAUCUCUCGGAUUUGACCGGUGCUUCCGCGAUUCUUCAUGCAGGAUCAUCGGUUCUUCAUCAGUUUUCUGUCACAGGAAAGCAGCCAGAACUUCUUAAGACACGACUUGAUGCUAUUGAAUCACGCCUUGAUGGAAUCUCUGGGUCUCCAACCAUUCUUGUAACCACGAAGAUGGAUGCGUUUGCGUCUUCUUUCGCUCUCGCUCGUGGAGCUAACUCUGCCGGAUCUGGGCUUGGUGUUACUCUUGAAAUCGCAAGAUCUCUUUCGAUGCUUUUCAUCGACGACUCCACUCGACCGCAAUACAACGUAUUAUUCGCAAUCAUGCCCGCUGAUAGUAUCAACUUUGUCUCCACCAAGAACUGGCUCGACGCAAAGGACAAAAAUGAAAACUCCGGAAAUUUGAAAAACAUCCAUCUUGCUAUUUGUCUCGAUGCUUUGGGAUCUUCUUCUGAAGGAAAAAUCUAUGCGCAUGUUUCGAAGCCCCCAGCUGAAGGGACUCUCGGUGCCAAGUUCUACAAGUCUCUUCAAGCCGCUGCUUCUGCUAACGGACUUGAACUAGAGCUCGUUCACAAGAAAAUUAAUAUUCAAGAAGAAGCACGAAAAUGGCAGCAUGAGCGAUUUGCAUUCAAGAAGGUUCCAUCGAUCACUCUUUCUACAAUUUCCGACCCAGAAUCGUCCGCUCGACGAUCUCUUGCUGAUUUCUCAAGCAGAAUCAACAAACAAGAAUAUGCAACUGUUACCAAGACCAUCGGAGCUGGUCUUUUGAAUACUCUCUACCAGGACAAGGCAAUUACUCAUGGAAUCGAAGUGAACGGAGAUGCUGCUUUUGCCUGGGUUGAGAACCUUUCCGCUACUCAAAGAUCUGCUGGAAACUUUACCAAACGAUCUUUCAAUGAUAUCAAAAAGCACAUGGAUACUUUCACCAGCAAUGUCGAGCUCGUCAACGUCGGUCAGGGCAUCGAUCUUUACAAUACUCACGAAGUCGUCAUGUCACAGUUCUUGGUGCGGCCACCUAUCUUCGACCUCUACCUCGGCUCCAUCGUCGGCCUCUGGUUGGGUCUCAUCUAUCUGCUGAUCACCAACUUUACCGAAAUUAUUGCCUGCCUUAAACCUAUUCUUUCACGUCCCGAUGUCGUCAAGCGCAAAAAGAUUAACUAG